AUGGCAUUUGCAACCAGGUCAAGAAGCGUUGCGAUUGUGCCCCUUGGUUCACAGGAGAGGACUGCUCCCUGGCACUGUGCCCUGACGAUUGCUCUGGUUGGUUUCGAUGCUGUUUGGUGUAGACCCUUUCCUGACGGCUAUCCAGGUCAUGGUGUUUGUAUUGAUGGGAAGUGUGCUUGCGUGGGAAAUUAUACAGGAGCUUCCUGCUCCUCAAUACUCUGUCCAAACGAUUGCUCGGGCCGAGGGUUAAAUUGCAGUGGCCAUGGUGCUUGUAUUGAUGGAUCUGUAUGCGAGUGUACAGCUGGAUGGUAUUCAACAGACUGUUCCCUUCAAUGGCAAACCAACGAUACCUGUCCGUCAUCCUGCUCAUAUCAUGGAUCUUGCAUGAACGGAGUCUGCGUAAGUCUAUCUUAUUUCAUUUGUUCGUGUACUCCCAUACAGAUGACGGGAUCGUGUAUCACUAAUUGCAGUGGACAUGGUCAGUGUGUCGGGACUGGCACAUGUAAUUGUGAUCCUACUUGGGUUGGACAAGACUGCAGUCUAGCAUCAGCUAAUGGAUGCCCAGCAGACUGCAGCAACAGAGGGACAUGCACACAAAAUAAUACUUGUCUAUGCGAUCAAGGUUGGGUUGGUAUUAUUUGCGACACACCCAUGGUCUAUGACAGCUGCAACCUGAACUGUACAAGUAGAGGGAUGUGCGUUAACAGCACUACCUGUGUUUGCGAUCCUGGCUACACAGGAAUAUAUUGUGAGCUGUCAAUGCCAGUCAACGGUCUCAUCCCAUCAGCAGUCAAUACCACAUCGAUCUGUCCCAUGGGAUGCUCUGGGCAUGGAGCAUGUUCUGCCAAUGGAAUGUGUCUGUGUGACGUUUCAUACGUUGGCAUUGACUGUUCCAUCCAAAUAUCAUCUAUUUCGUUGUCUUGUCCGAUGGAUUGCAACGCGAGAGGCAUGUGUCAAUCGGGUACGUGCUUGUGCGAUCCUGGUUGGUGGGGCGAUUCGUGUCAGUAUGACUUCAAAUGCCUCAACAACUGUACCGGACAUGGAGUUUCUGGCUGUUCUGGUCAUGGAAUCUGCGCAAAUACAUCUUGCGCUUGUUCGCCUGGAUGGUCAGGAGAAGACUGUUCGAAACUGUCAUGUCCAAGUGGUUGUUCAUCUCGAGGUGUUUGCCAGAGCGAUGGCACUUGCUUCUGCGAUGCAGGAUAUUCUGGAAGCGCCUGUGAGAUUUCCUUGUGCCCAUCCGGGUGCUCGGGUCAUGGAGCUUGUACGCACAAUGGAACGUGUGUUUGUUACAAGAACUUUGAGGGCGCAGACUGUUCCAUACUUGUUGAUUGCAACAGAAGGGGAAAACGUAUCUGUGGAUUUUGCAAUUGUGAAGCAGGAUACAGAGGAGAAGAGUGCGAGAUUGAUAUGUGUGCAGACAGCAGAAUUUACCAAAAUGGAGAUUACACUAAGCCGAUUCAGGUCUGCUCGGGUCAUGGACUUUGUUCUUCGUUGGGAUGCAUUUGCGAUGAAGGAUGGAGUGGGAUGAAUUGUUCGCGGCCAGCCGUCUGCAGCGGUGAAGUUGUUUGCCUCAUGAAUCUUCAUGACUGA